GAAAGUUAGAAAUCUCAAUUCCCAAUAUAGAGUGAAGUCUGGAGCAGUUACGCUCACUAGGGAAUGCAGAGAGAUGAGAGGUUUGCCGCUUUCUAAACCCAAAGUUGGCGGCAGAGCCCACAAACCACCGCACUCCGGCGGCCGAACUUGUCACCGGAAACACGUCGAGGACGGGUGAUCCGUCCCCUCUCAUACCUUUUCGUAAUCCUAAACUAUAUUGUUCAUAAACUUAAAAGUUAUUCAAAUAGUAUUUCUCAUAGUUUGAAUAUUCUGAGAUUAGAAAUAGGAAUAUCUGAGAUUCAAUAAUGGCUGCGGCGGAGGAGAAAUGCGGCGCUCUGAACGGGAAAUACGAGCUCGGGAGGCUAUUGGGACACGGUACGUUCGCUAAGGUUUACCACGCCAGAAACCUUCUGACGGGGAAGAGCGUUGCGAUGAAGGUAGUCGGGAAGGAGAAAGUGAUUAAGGUGGGAAUGAUGGAGCAGAUAAAGCGCGAGAUAUCAGUGAUGAAGAUGGUGAAUCACCCAAACAUUGUGGUUCUCCAUGAGGUGAUGGCGAGCAAAACGAAGAUCUACUUCGCCAUGGAGCUUGUCCGCGGCGGCGAACUCUUCGCCGCCAUCUCCAAAGGCCGGAUGCGUGAGGACGUGGCGAGGAAUUACUUCCAGCAGUUGAUCUCCGCCAUAGAUUUUUGCCACAGCCGCGGUGUCUACCACCGGGACCUGAAGCCGGAAAAUCUUCUCCUCGAUGAAGAUGGGCACCUGAAGGUGACAGAUUUUGGUCUAAGCGCGUUCUCCGACCACCUCCGGCAAGACGGAAUGCUCCACACCACCUGCGGCACGCCGGCGUACGUUGCGCCGGAGGUUAUUGCGAAGAAGGGAUACGACGGGGCGAAGGUGGACAUAUGGUCAUGCGGGGUGAUUCUCUACGUCCUCCUCGCCGGAUUCCUCCCGUUCCAAGACGACAACAUUGUCGCCAUGUACAAGAAGAUCUACAGGGGAGAUUUCAAAUGCCCGCCGUGGUUCUCGCCGGAAUCCAGAAAGCUGGUGACCAAGAUGCUUGACCCGAACCCGGAAUCGAGAAUCAGCAUCGCCAAAAUCAUGGCCUCCCCUUGGUUCAAGAAAUCAAUCCCCAGAGCAAUGAAGAACAACAACGAAGACGAAGAUUCAUCAGCCAAAGAAGUGGAGACAUUAAACGCCUUCCAUAUCAUAUCUCUCUCUCAAGGGUUCGAUUUAAGCCCUCUCUUCCAGGAGAAGAAAAUGGGUAGAGAGGAGAUGAGAUUCGCCACAACAGAAUCUGCCAGCAGUGUGAUUUCAAAGCUUGAAGCAGUGGCGAAAACCAGUAACUUCAGCGUGAAGAAGAGCGACUCGAACGUGAGGUUGCAGGGGCAUGAGAGUGGGAGGAAGGGGAAAUUGGGAAUUUCAGCCGAUAUCUUCGCCAUGACGCCGUCGUUCCUGGUGGUGGAGGUGAAGAAGUCGAGCGGCGACACACUGGAAUAUAACCAGUUUUGGAGCAAAGAACUGAAGCCCGCCCUAAAGGACAUUGUUUGGACAUCUCCUGAUGAACAAAACUCAACCCCUUCUUGAAUAAAAAUUAGUGAAAAAAUCAGCUUUAAUCGCGUUUACUUCUUGAAUUAUCAUUGUUGUUAUUCUUAUUGUGUUGUGUUAAGUUUGUAAUUAGAAUCUCCUAAUUGGGUUGUCAAAUAAUGAAAACUUGUCUUGUAUCCACUUGAUUAGUAUUAAAUUUCGUCGGGAUGUUUCCAUCAAAUCAUUAUGGGUUUGAUUAAAAAGCAAUAGUUGGUUAUCC